GGUGGGGAAGAAGAGCACAUUCACAUCCUAAACUUUGAAGAGAAGCGAGAGAAAAGGAGCAGCGCAGUUGGGAAAAUAUCGGAAAGGGCGGGAGCGGAGCAGAUAAGGAACUGAUGGUUUGGGGAGGCGAAAGCAGCAGGAGGAAGAGAGUUUGCUAAGCCAGAAACUGGAGACUCCGGAAUGGCUUAGCGGGGGAAGCUGAUCCUUCGGCAGCGGAGGGGAGGAGAGAGAAAUCCUUAAAAAAAAAAGAAAGAAUAAGUGGCUUGCGAGGAACUCUGGUAACAAAGGGGGGGGGGGUUGGGGGGAGCCAGAGGACUAUGCAACCGGAGCCUGCUUUUCGUGUUGCUGCUGCUGCCGCCAGGCUGAAGUUGGACUUACCCAAGAUGAGAACGGAAGGCAGACUGGGGGCAGCCCGGCUACUGCCAUCGAGCAAGGUGAGCUGCAGCCAUGGCAGGUGUUGACACAAUGACAGCAAGCACAGCAGCCGACGUGAGCAGCAAGCCUAAAACCAGCAGUGGCAAAUCUAUUGAGAGGAUCAAGUUUGUAAGUUUAAAUAUUACAAAGACGGCAUUUCACUGCGAGCCUUCAAGAGAAAAGUGCUCAGAGAACCAAGUCGUCAUUACACCACAAUUGACUCACAAAGCGGAGCCAUCUUUUAUUGUCAAGAGCACCCUGAAAGCGUUGGAGAACUUGAUGCUGGAUCCGAGGCUAGAUUGUUUUCAGCAGAACAUGCUCAGUUCCAAGAUGAUCAUUGGUAAUCCAUCUGUGGAUCUCAACCUACGGGAAAACAGCAGGAUUAUCAGGAAACAAAUAGGAGGUGCUCAGAAUUUGCGAGCUGUGGGGAAAGCUGAUUUGAAUCAUAAGCCUGUGAGUAUCAAAGACAAGAUUUCAGAAUGGGAAGGAAAAAAGGAGAGUCCCUCUCCUGUAUCUACCUGGAAGGAAGAAGAACCAGGAGUGAAAGAAGAGAUAAGUACACUUCUGGGUGUGGUGGAAAAGAUAACCAAGGACAGUAUGGUAACCAGACAAGUGGACUCAAAGAGGGCUAUGAAGUGGCAGGUGGCAAGCAAAGAGAACAAGAAAAGGGCAGGAACUCCCCAAAGUGCUGUGCAGCCUAUGGAGAAACAAAUAGACAUGAAAUUAAGGGCAGGGGAGCCAAAUUCCAAUGCUGGGAAAGGCAAUGAGUUGAAAGAUAUCCAGAAGGAGAAUUUGUCUGUACUGAGUCAGGUCAAGAAGCUGGAACGGGCCUUGCAAGGAGGGUGUGCAGAGCUACAACCCCAGUUACCAGGUACUUAUUACUCUCCACAUUGCCUGCAAGAGAAAGGCAGUGAGGGGCAGAGCCCCUGCGAGGGCCAGGAAACUCCUGGCAGACUGGAACUAGGGAAGCGUCUCAUCAGCUUGGACUCUGAAGCCAGCGAGCCAAUCUUUGGGACUCUGGAAGAGGUGAAAAUGCCUCGUGUGAAAUGCAAACCGGGCAGUGAGGAAAACGUGUAUACAGAGCCCGGAUUGCCAGAGAAGAAACCUUUUAUCAACCCUCUCCCCAAGCCCCAGCGGACUUUCAAGCACGAGGGUGAAGAGGGAUGGGUCCCUCUGGUUCGGAAUAAGAGAAAUUUGCCGCCUCUGCCUUCUAUUCCUCCCCCUCCUCUCCCUUCUUCUCCUCCCCCUUCAGCUGUCAGCAGAAGACUGAGGAAUGGAAAACAUAAGACCAACGCUGACCACAGGAAGUCUUAUGAGUUUGAAGACCUGUUGCAGUCGUCCUCUGAGAACGGACGGGUGGAUUGGUACGCUCAAACUAAGCUGGCUCUAACCCGCACUUUAUCUGAGGAAAACGUCUAUGAAGAUAUACUAGAUCCGCCAGCAAAGGAGAACCCCUAUGAAGAUAUUGAGACAAAUAGUCGAUGCCUGGGGAAGAAAUGUGUCCUGAACUUUCCAGCAUCUCCUUCAUCGUCUGUUCCUGGCACACCCACAAAGCUGCUCUCGAAACCCAUCUUCUUUCGCCAGAACUCAGAACGGCGUAGCUUCAAGUUGUUGGAUGUCCGGAAACUGAAUCGUGACGGAACAGGCUCACCUUCUAAAAUCAGUCCCCCUUCCACUCCUAGCAGUCCUGACGAUACCUUCUUCUCCUUGGGUGAUCCUCAAAACGGCAAGAGAAGGCGGAAGAUUACUAAGCAGCUGGUUUUAAAAAUCAAUGCCAUUUAUGAAGCGCGAAGAGGGAAGAAACGAGUCAAGAGGCUGUCGCAGUCUACUGAGAACAGCUCAGGAAGAGUCACAGAUGAAAACAGCGAAUCAGAUAGCGACACUGAAGAGAAACUGAAAGCUCACAGCCAGCGCUUGGUUCAUGUGAAGUCUCGCUUGAAACAAGCCCCCAGGUACCAAACCUUGGAGCGGGAUCUGAUUGAGUAUCAAGAGAGGCAGCUCUUUGAAUACUUUGUGGUGGUGUCGUUGCACAAGAAGCAGGCUUGCGCUCCGUAUGUCCCUGAAGUCACACAGCAGUUUCCGUUAAAGCUUGAACGUUCCUUCAAAUUCAUGAGGGAGGCUGAGGACCAGUUGAAAGCCAUUCCUCAGUUCUGCUUCCCUGAUGCAAAAGACUGGACUCCUGUCUGCCAAUUUACCAGCGAAACUUACUCUUUUGUCCUGACUAGUGAAGAUGGCAGCAGAAGAUUUGGAUACUGCAGAAGGCUGCUGCCCAGUGGGAAAGGGAAGCGUCUCCCUGAAGUUUACUGCAUCGUGAGCCGGCUUGGAUGCUUCAAUCUCUUUUCUAAGAUCUUAGAUGAAGUGGAGAAAAGGCGGGGGAUUUCUCCUGCGUUGGUGCAGCCUCUCAUGAGGAGCGUUAUGGAGGCUCCUUUUCCUGCUCUGGGCCGAACAAUCACCGUCAAGAACUUCCUGCCUGGCUCAGGGACAGAAGUGAUAGAAUUGCGUCGACCACUUGACUCGAGGCUUGAGCACGUUGACUUUGACUCCUUGUUUUCCUCACUCAGCAUUCGGCAUUUAAGCAGAGUCUUCUCUUCCCUGCUGCUGGAGAGAAGGGUGAUACUUAUAGCAGACAAACUCAGCACCUUGUCGAAAUGUUGUCAUGCCAUGGUGGCACUCCUUUACCCAUUUACGUGGCAGCAUACCUACAUCCCUGUGCUUCCCCCAUCGAUGAUUGACAUUGUGUGCUCCCCAACCCCGUUUCUGAUCGGUCUGCUCUCCAGUUCCCUGCCACGCCUCAAGGAAUUGCCAGUGGAAGAGGUCCUUGUGGUCGACCUUGUUAAUAAUCGCUUCCUAAGACAGAUGGAAGAUGAGGACUCUAUUUUACCUCGCAAGUUGCAAGGAGCUCUGGAACACAUCUUGGAGCAAAGGAAUGAACUGGCGAGUGACCAGGAAGAGGGCUCUCACAACGGCAAGCAGGAGUCCAGCCCCUUGAAUGAAGUGGUGUCAGAGGCAUUUGUCCGCUUCUUUGUGGAGAUUGUGGGACACUACUCCCUUUUCAUGACGACCGCAGAGAAGGAAGAAAGGGUCCUACAACGGGAGGCCUUCCGGAAAUCGGUCUCUUCCAAGAGCCUUCGGCACUUUCUCGAAGUCUUCAUGGAAACCCAGAUGUUCGGGGGCUUUAUUCAGGAACGAGAGAUGCGGAAACAGGGAGUCAAAGGGUUAUUUGAACUGCGUGCCCAGGAGUACCUGGAAACCCUUCCCAGUGGCGAGCAGAGCGGGGUUAAUAAAUUCCUGAAAGGGUUAGGUAACAGAAUGAAAUUCCUCCACAAGAAGUAAGAGUGAAGACGGCCACUGUUGUGGGGAGAAGGAAUGUCUACAGUUCAGUGGACCAAAAAAUAGACCAAUUUUUCCUUAAAACCCAUUCCCACUUUGCCCUCUCCAGCAGGGGAAACUCCAGCACAGGAGCCAGAAUAUCCUGGAGUUUUAUGCUUGCAUGAAAAGCUGGCCUGUGGGAAGAACCGGCGUAAGGGUCACCGAUGCUGCCACGACGGGUCUGCAGGCAUCUUCAAAGGUCAUGCACUGGACAAGCUCUCUCGGAACUCUUGAUUGGCACUUUGCAGACCUCACAGUGGUUGUACUUUGUAGUUGUCAAACUUCUUGUUUUCUUUUAUUUAUGUCGCGCUUAGGAAAACUAUUAGCUGAUGACACUUGCCUGUUCUCCUGUACCAAGCUGCAACGGGGGCAAACAGGACAGAGGCUGCAUUAACUUGGACUCUUAGGUUGCGAUCCUAAAAUGACGGAGAAAGGGGAGAAAACACGAGGACAUGUGGGGCACGUGAAGGUGGGUUUGGGGGUUGUAAACAGAAUGGGUCUGCAGUGAGGAGGAGGGGAGGAGAACCCCUGAGUGCCAAACAGAGCAACUGCUGCGUGACGGAAGAUCCCUUCCCCUCCUGAGCUGGAGGGCACAAGUUCUCACCCUUCCUUGGAUUAAACUGAGUGCAUGAUGUGAUGACGUUCAA